ACCUCUACUGCAGAUGAAAACACACAGUGGAUCUGCGGGUGAAUCGUUUGACAGUGAGUGGGGAUGUUUAGUUAGGUGUGCACAUGGUCUUCAUUUUACCUGUUAACACAGUACUCUUAAAUAACAUCAACGCAAGACAGGCUUAUGUGCUCCGUGCCGCUGGAUUUCCGACUAGUGGAGCUCAUAGUGUUAGCCGGCGUUGAGAUCUAUCACCGCACUGCAACAUCAAUAUGCAGAAGAAAGAAAGUCAUAAGCAUCUGGGAUGGCAUGAGGGGUGUGAUCAGUGUGCAGCUGGUGGUUACCAUGGUAAUGGCCAGCGUGAUUCAGAAGAUCAUACCCCACUACUCCUUUGCACGAUGGCUCCUCUGCAGUGGCAGUCUGCGUUGGUACCAGCAUCCCACGGAAGACGAGUUGAGGGCCUUGGCUGGAAAGCAGCAGAAAGGAGGGAAGAACAAGAAGGACAGAAAACACAAUGGCCACUUGGAAAGCAAGCCAAUGACUAUUCCCAAAGACAUUGACCUUCAGUUGGAGACCAAGUGUAUUGCUGAAGUGGACACACUGGCUUUGCACUACUUCCCUGAGUUCCAGUGGCUGGUGGACUUUACGGUGUCAGCCACAGUGGUGUAUCUCAUCACUGAACUGUACUUCUGUGUGGCCGAGCCCAGUGGGGAGAUGAACAUUAGUGUGGUGUGGAGUCUGCUGGUUUUGGCCUUUGUCAUGAAGAUCCUUUUCUCCCUCACGGCUCACUACUUCAGACUAGAGGAGGGCGGUGAGCGAUCCCUCUGCAUAACCUUUGCCGCCUUCUUCUUUGUGAAAGCCAUGGCUAUUCUUAUUGUCACAGAGAACUACCUGGAAUUUGGCCUCGAGACAGGCUUUGCAAAUUUUUCAGAAAGUGCCGUGCAGUUUCUGGAGAACCAAGGCCUUGAGUCCCAGGGCCCCAUAUCCAAACUGACCUUUAAGCUGACCCUGGCACUGCUCUGUUCUCUCAUUGGAGCCUUUCUCACCUUCCCCGGCCUGCGAUUGGCCCAGAUGCAUCUUGAUGCCCUCACCCUAAACAACUGCAAAGUCACACAGACUUUGCUGCAUAUCAACUUCUUGGGCCCCUUAAUCAUGGUACUGCUUUGGGUGAAGCCCAUAACAAAGGAUUAUAUAAGUAAUCCCACAUUUGGGAAAGAUAAUAUGCCUUUAAUGUCUGAAAAGACAUACGACACAUUGCGUCUAUGGGUGAUCCUGCUUCUAUGUGUGCUGAGACUAGCCAUGAUGCGGCACCAUCUCCAGGCCUACCUCAACCUGGCCCAAAAAGCUGUCUUGCAGAUGAAGAAGGAAGCUGGACGCAUUAGCACCGUGGACCUCCAAAAGAUGGUCGCACAAGUCUUUUACUACCUAUGUGUAAUAGCUCUACAGUAUGUUGCACCUCUGGUGAUGCUUUUACACACUACUUUGCUGCUAAAGACAUUGGGGGGAUAUUCCUGGGUGAUUUACCCCGAAGAGAGUUUGCCUUGUCUAACAAAUGAGGACACUAACCCAGCUGAGGUGGGGCAAGCGGAGAUGCAGGCUUCUCACACUGUGGCCCAGUUAUCGGUUGCCCUCGGGGGUCUGAGGACUGUUUUCACCCCCCUGCUUUUUAGAGGGCUCCUGUCCUUCUUUACUUGGUGGAUUGCCGCCUGCCUGUUCUCCACCUCAAUCUUCGGCCUUUUCUAUCACCAGUAUCUGAUGGCUGCAUAGCACUGGGAGGGAUUGGGGCACCCGAGAGCCCGGACUCUUCUGACUGACCUGUGCAGCACAAAGCCCUGCAACAUUCCCCUGUCUUGCUACCAUAUCAGCAGAGUUCUUCUGUGACAGGCUUCUGCCUUGGACUUCAUAGUUUAACCUAACAAAUAGAAAAAUAGUAAUAAUUCAGUCAUAUUCAAAGGGUGCCCUUGAACCAGCAGACAUUUUGAAAAGUUUUAAAGUCUUAGCCAACUUUGGGAAAGCAAGAGAUCACACUUGGUCAUACUGUAUUUUAUUUUUUAAAGUUCAAAAUGGAUGAUAUAUGAUUUUCAAAAGAGCUAAGGAUUUUUUAAAUUGUUUUUAAUGUUGUUUUACUUCUCCAAAGUAGAAAUUGCUGUAGGGGAGGUUGUCAUGACUUGUACGUUAAAAGGAUAGUCCGCCAAAAAAAAUGACAAUCUUCGUUUACUCAACCUCAUGUUAUUCCAAACCUAUUUGACUUCACAAUCAACAUUCACUUUGCAUCUUUAUACCAUAUAAUAAAAGUGAAUGGUGA